AUGUCAUCCCCUGCAGCAAUUUCGGCUGAAUUGUCAGCCUUCAAGCAAUUGGAGACUGCCUUAAACCACACUUCGAUCACCAACUACUCCCUGUUGAGCGCGAUAGCAUUUUAUGCGUUUGAUUUCAUUCUGACUUUCCCCGAAGAGAAUCGAUAUCUGGCGUUUCCCGUUCUUGGAUUCAUGGGAUUCUGUGAGCGCGCGCACUUUCUUGUCAACGAGGCGUUUACUUAUCUCGGGACAAGCUCAAAUAUACCGCUCUUCUACUGUAUCAUUCCGUGGUUUGUGUCGGUGGAGCACAAAGUGAGGUCAGAUGCGGGUCUACGACAAGAAACUUACCGACAGUUUUCGUUGGCAGCCAUCAUGCUACUCCGAGUCCACGCUCUAUACGGUCGCAACAAAACUUUGAGAAACACUCUCGUGGUUUUGUUCGCUGCAGCGCUGACAACUGAACUGCUCAUCGCCAUCAUCAAAUUGUCGACAGAUCACAUUGUCAUAAAAACGGUCCCAAGUCCUCUGCUGAUCGAGCCUGUGAACUUUUGCAACGGGAAGGCGCCGAGGUAUCUCCUCGUCUAUCCGGGUCCCAUGAUGGCCUUCGACCUCGCCUUACUCUGUCUAGUCGUUAUCCGAAGCUGGCGCAUGCACAAGGAGCAGUUCCCAGGCCACCAAGAAUCGUCCUGGAGCGGCAUCCGAGUUCUCAAGGUCAUGUUCCGGGACUCAGUCAUCUAUUUCGCAUGCGCCUUCGGUAUCAACCUAUUCAACGUGUUGGUUUGGGCGCUGGCUCCAUACGACCUGUUGACCCUGGGCACAGGAUGGGCGGUGGCGAUUCCCAUCGCGGUUGCGACGCGCAUUCUGGUGAACAUGAGGCAAGCAUACGAGCAACCGGCAGGGGAGGCAAGUUGUCAAGGCGAGGUGUCUGAUUUCAGAGUGGCACCACGCCCAGUUGACUCGUUCAACUCGUCACAGAACACAAGUCGAACUCAAUUCUGA